AUGGCACGGUUAAAACGCUCGCAGUUUCUGGGAAUCGCAGUUGUUUUCCACUUGCUCUAUGUCUAUUCAAUCUUCGACAUUUACUUUGUGAGCCCCGUUGUCGGGGGCAUGAAGGCCCACCGCGUCCAGGCUUCUCCUCCUGCUCAACGCGUCGUGCUUUUUGUCGGCAGGGGAGAUCAUCCCCAUUUCUCUCUCUCCUUCACUGACGGUCUCCGCGCGGACAAGACCUUUCAACAGUUCCCCGACCCGUCCCCAGACGCCCCUACAGAUGGGUCGGCCCAGGUACCACGCCACUUGGCUCCCUUUCUGCGCUCACGAGUAUUGGAGCAUGGUACCUUCGGAGUGUCUCAUACCCGAGUACCCACCGAGUCGCGCCCAGGCCAUGUGGCCCUUCUCGCGGGCCUCUACGAAGACGUCUCCGCCGUAACCACGGGCUGGAAGCUGAACCCAGUGGGCUUCGACAGCGUGCUGAACCGCAGCCGACAUGCGUGGAGCUGGGGCAGUCCCGACAUCCUGCCGAUGUUUGCGCAGGGGGCCGCACCGGGCCGCGUGGAGGUCGGACGCCUUCCGUUGCCUUAUCUCGAUGCGGACGAGUCCAGUCAGGCGGACGCGAUGCUGGUCAAUGCGCUGGAGGUCUUGGAGAUGUACCGAGUUCGAGAAAGUCGUAUGAUAGCCUCGAAGCUCGGGUACGUGCCUUUUCCGGCACUCAGUCACGAUCAAGAUCCAAAUCAAGAGGAACGAAUUGCUCGCAUCCGUACUGCGAUUCGUCAGGGGCAUCCUCAGGAAGCGAUUCAAGGCUGUGAGGAUCUGAUCGACCUGUCUCUUCAGGGCUUGCGGUACCUACAGACCUAUGAUUGGCUCUUUCUUCGAGCUCUGAUUAGCGUCGGAUAUCUAGGGUGGAUGGCCUUCGCUCUUACGAACGCGCUCAGUCACUUUGACCUACCAAGUUCGGGUACUAGUCCCCAGCCAAGACGUUCUACUGUCCGCCUCAUCGUGAUGGGAUUUGUCGGUCUUGCGCUUCUGGUGAAACUGUAUUCGCAGAAGUCUCCGGUGCAAUAUUAUGCGUACACUAUAUUCCCGGUCUUGUUCUGGGCUGAGGUAUGGGCCCGUCAAGAUACCUGGACCCAAGCCAUUAGGGCACUUUCCAAGCGGAUAUCCGCCAGCAACGUGACUGCAGAUGCGGCUGGUGUGAUGCUCUUGGGCCUGCUUUUGGAGGCUAUAGUUCAAAGUUAUUAUGAUCGUAGGAUUUACACGCUCAUCUACAUUCUCGCCCUGUUCUGGCCCGCUAUCUACGGUGUUGAAUUCAUCCGUGCCAAUCGGCUCAUAUGUUUGGUGUGGGCAGUCCAAUGUGGCUCUAUGAGCAUCUUCACCCUUCUUCCGGCCAUGAAAACGGAGGAUAUUACUCUGAUCACCCUGGGCGGGCUUCUCAUGUUUUCCUGCGGUGUCUUUUAUAUCAUCUUGGAGCCGACAAUACUCCAUCGAGCAUCAGUAGAAAAUGUGGUCGAGACUGACCGACUAGGAAGAAUGCUCCUGAUGUUCCAGGUCGGAUUAGUACCGCUGGCUAUAUCCACGACGCGGUCCGCAGCGGCCUCCCUGCAGUCUCUGAGAAGGACUCUCUCGUCCAACUCAGAUUCUAGGAUGGAUACUACUCGACGCCACCACAUCUAUCAACUAGUGGUCCUCUUCUUCACAUUCGCCCCGCUAUUCAUAAUCCUUACCAUCUCCUACGAGGGCCUGUUUUACUGCUGUCUGAGCGGUACACUCUUCACCUGGGUGCAGCUGGAGUCCAAAGUCUUCGACUACCAGCGACAGCCCGCAUCCCCAUCUAUCACCCAAGAAGCACCGCAAUUCCGCCCCCUCCGCUUCUCCGACCUGCGCAUUGCCCUGUUCUUCCUCUACCUGUUCCACUCCGCCUUCUUCAGCACCGGGAACCUCGCCUCGAUCUCCUCCUUCUCGCUCGACGCCGUGCUGCGUCUCCUGCCCGUCUUCGAUCCCUUCAGCCAGGGGGCCCUUCUGGUCCUCAAGAUCCUGGCCCCCUUUGUGCUCGUCUCGGCGAACCUGGGGCUCUUGACCCGCGCGCUGCGCCUGCGGCCCGGGGCGCUCUUUGUGCUGGUCGUCGCCGCGAGUGACUAUCUGACGCUGCGGUUUUUCUGGCGCGUGCGGGACGAGGGCUCGUGGUUGGAGAUCGGAGAGAGUAUUACGGUGUUUGUGCUGGCGUCGUUGCUCUGUGGGUUUGUGGCUGGGCUGGAGAUGGUUGGGGAGGGGGUUGUGGGAGUCGCCGUGGGCACUGAGAAGAAGUACAAGCUUUCAUGGGGGGUGUGUUAA